CUCUUUCACCUUCUUUCCCUCACUCCCGAGUCGGAAACACCUGUCUGCUGCAGGGCCCUACUCUCAAUUCACGUUCGUACCCCCCUUCUCACCGUCCACCUGUGUCGGUCGGCCCCACGAGGGCUGAGGGCUCUUCACCAUGGCCUCAGCGGAGCUCCGCGAGGCCAUGAGCCGCCUCUCCCAUCGCAAUGCCACCCGUAUGCAAAGGAACAGAGAGCAGUUUUCUCUGCGCCUGUGUGCGCGUGUGCAUGCGCGUGCAUUGAUGUGUUCUGGCAGGGUAUGAGUCAAAGCCGAAGGAAGGCAACAGCGACUUCUCCUUCUAUCGCCAGGGGCCCUCACCCACCGGUAGCUCCAGCGUUGACAGAAGCCGCUCACAUGCUCAUUGUGCUUACGCUGUCUGCAGACGCAUCAUGUCAGAGCCAGCCCACGGUCGCAUCGAGCACCGACGGAUGCGAAGUUGAUGAGGCCCCCACCGUGGCCGCCACGGGUUUUGUCCGUGAGCGAGCGGCCUCCAUUGAGUCAGCCUCUGCCCACCCAAAGGACAAGGGCAGGCAGCAGCAGCAGCAGCAGCAGGAGCAGGAGCAGGAGGAUAAGAGGGCACCAAGGCCGGCCACAGCCUCUGUGGAUGGGUGUGGUGAGAAGGACGAGAAAAUGGAGGGGCAGGGGAAGACUGACAUCCAAGGAGGGGAGAAAAAGGGUCGGUCGGCUGCCCUGCCUGGAGGCACGCAUGUGCAUUGUCCCUCCAUGUCCGUCGGUGUUGUUUUGCUCAGUCGAGUUGGCUUGGACGAGCACUAUCGUGUUGUUUUCGCUGGCCUCUUCCGUUGCGAACCCUCUGCCCAAGACCGUCGAGCGACUGUCAUUCCACGGCAGGUACAAAAAAGACAUGCGAUGAAGGGAUUUUUCUCUCAUCACGUACAACAGUGUCUUUCGCUCUCAGGGUGGAGAAGCGCGCGUAUCUGUAUUCGCUCCAAGAUGCUGUCUCCAGCGCCAAGGAGAACUGGCUGCAGGUCAGGUCACCUGAUUGAUGCGAUGCACAUGUGUGUAUGCAGGUCAGGCGCCAGUUGUCACUUGUGUGUCUGUGUUGGCUGGUUGGUGUGUCAGGCUGAAAGGGAUGAGCUCGUGUAUCUGUUGAGCAAGACAGACAUGACCAUCGAAGCGUUCAAUCAACGGUACACGAGACACAGAGACACAUGACCAAUGGAGUCAAGGGGCCUCAUUGAGUGUCUUUGUGCAGGGUGCGGGAUGCUGUGGAGAAGUCAGGGAGCAACGAGGGGUCCUCUCGAGAGGUCAGUUCGCGCAGGUCGCAUACCAACCGCUCACUCACGCUUGCACGUCUACACUCCCCUGCUGUCUGCCCACAGGUGUUGGAUGCGCAGCGAGACGCCAUUCUGAAGACUUACUACGAGAAGGGCUUCGAGUGAACACCAAAGCGCCCCCCAACAGCACGCCACAUGCGUGUGUGUUCCGGGUUUUCACGACGGUCAGACCGAUGCGCUCGAGAGAUGCUACUCUGCGCAUUCAUCUCGUGUGGGGACGUCACAGCUUGCCGGCAUAUUGAUUUAUCGGGCUCUGCACGACACGACUGG